CUCCUUCAAGAAAGCUGGGGAAUGCCUUCACGAGGCAAGAAAAGAGGCCGAGGGGCCUUGAAAGCUACGAAAGAACCUGACUUGAAAGUGGCCAAGUCUGAGAUCUCAGUGGAGGGAGAGGAACCAGCGCCAGUCAAAACAUCCAGAAAGAGAAACUCUGGAAAAACCUCUGCAGGAGAAGCCAGCGUGGAGGGGAACAAGAAAACCUACACCCACUGGCUGAUGAAAUCUGAACCAGAGAGCAGGCUGGAGAAGGGAGUUGACGUGAAAUUUGGCAUUGAAGAUUUAAAAGCACAGCCUAACCAGACAGCAUGCUGGGAUGGAGUCAGGAAUUACCAGGCACGGAAUUUCUUGAGAGAGAUGAAAGUCGGGCAGAAGGCCUUUUUCUAUCACAGCAACUGCAAAGAGCCUGGGAUUGCUGGCAUCGUCAAGGUGGUGAAGGAGGCCUACCCAGACCACACCCAGUUUGAAAAGAAGGAUCCUCACUAUGAUGCUUCCAGUUCCAAAGAAAAUCCCAAAUGGUGGAUGGUCGAUGUCCAGUUGGUGCGCAUGACCAAGCGCUUCAUCCCCCUGGCAGAACUGAAGCUUCACCACCAGGCCCACAAAACCUCGGGUGGCGCUCUGAAAGACAUGGCUCUCUUUGCUCGGCAGAGACUCUCAGUCCAGCCCCUAACUGUAGUGGAGAGGUCUCAACUGAAGGAUCUGCAGAAGGGCAAGCUGGGCCGCAAGCGUUUCCCACGUAGCUUUGCUGAAAAAUCCACAAGAUGA